CCCCACCACACAUCGCCCCCAAUCCCCGUGCGCCGUCGCCGCUCCCUCCUCCCCCAGACCCCCAGCUUCCCCCAAUCUCAUCGGCAGAUGGACAGUGGCGGGGGCGACCUGCGGAGCACUAUCAAGAAGUGGAAUGUCAUCUACCCGGUCUACCUCAACUCCAAGAAGACGGUUGCUGAAGGCCGCCGCAUCGCCACCAGUAAGGCCUGCCCCGACCCCACCUGCAUCGAGAUCGCCGACUGCUGCUCCCACCUCAAGAUCCCCCACGCCAUCGAGCUGGAUAAGGCGUACCCUCGGGAUUUCUUCCAGGUGGGGAGGGUCAGGGUGCAGCUCAAGAAGGAUGACGGCUCCCCUGUCAAUCCUGCUAUUAAGACGAAGAAGCAGCUGAUGAUCCAAAUAGCAGAGCUAGUUCCCAAGCAUCACGGAAGGACAAAGAAGCAGGAAUCAGCGCCCAGCUCUUCAACUGGUGGCAGUUUGAAGAACACAAAAGGUGGGAAAAAGAAAAAGUGAUGGCAGUAUCAUCCUGUUGCGUUUUUCUGUUCAUCCCCGUACCAAGUUUAUGUGGAAGUCGUGUUCUUUUGAGGCCUGAAAAUCAUUGUGACUUGUGGGAUUUUGAUCCAUUUGAAAAUUUCCAUACAUAUUGUUCUUGUAGUAUCCAGAUUUUGAUGUGCUACACCUCCAAUUUACAGAUGCUGUUGUUUGCUAGAACUUUGUUUACUAACCCAGCUGAGAUGCUUUAUUAAAUUUAAUCAAUAGAAUAGAACUGUUUUUGCA